AGGUAGAAAAGGGGAGGAGUUAGAGUGGUCACAUGGUCAGAAAUUGUUAUAAAAUCCUGUCAGAUCUUCAAACGUCCCUUUUGAUCAGCGACCCAGCUCUGCUGCCUCGUAGGUUGAAAAAUCGUAACAACUUUUUGUGAGAAUCCAGUGACGUAAAUCAGCUCAAACCAACUACAACCACAACCACGAUUCAUCAGUCCGUUACCAUGGAAAACUAUCUAUUUUCAAGCCAUAAAAAGUACCUGGCUAUACAUACCAACGCUAAGAAAUCAGCACCCUUGGUCCAUAACAAAAAAAAUCACAGUUUUAAACACAAGCAAAAAAUACUCACUGCAUUUACCAAAAUAAUACCACAAAUAUCAUCCAGUUUUAAUUAUCUCCAUAAAGGUGACUUCAACUUUCGACGUGUUGUCUUUAAAAAUUGGUGUGAUAAAUCAACUCAGGUUCAUACUGUAUCCAAAACAAAAUCUAAUAACCUCCUCAAAAGAAAAUACGCAUUUUCAAAUGUUUUUACCGCUCCUAAGAAAUCAAAAAGAAAUCAUGAAUAUAUGAAAUUCUCUGAAAUUCUUUCUUCUUCAAAAAUUCUCAGCAUACCUGGCAAUCAGAUUUUUUUUUUAUCCGAAGUUAAAAGUUUCAAUGCACAAAUUUUUUCUGAGAUAUUGACAGCAGCUGAAGUGAAACAUUUAAAUGAUAAACUCAAUACUUGUAGAAUAGAAGAGCAGAAAGAAAUGAAGCUUAAGGAUGAAUGUAAACCGAUUCAUCGACAGAAUAACAAGGAUGAGAAAUUUUAUCAUUUAAUAAUUGAAGAAAUGCAGAAAAAAAUUGCAAGUGUUGAUCCAAACAGAUUUUUUCCAUUUCUGAAAGAAUACCUUCAGAGUAAUGAACAAAAGCAGUAUGCAUUUGCUAUUGUUGUCAUGAAACAUAGUAAAAAUAUCAUUGUAUCUCCAGCAUUUAGGCCAGAUUCUAAAACCCCAAAAACCCAGAAAACAAGAAAACAUAGUGAACCUUAUUUAUGUGAAGCUUUUGAACCUUUUUUGCAACAAAAUGGAAAUUUAGUGGAGACUAUUCUGAUUUAUACAUUCAACAGUCCAUGUUUAGGUUGUACUUCUCUACUUCUCGAAAAAGCUUAUCUCUGGCGCUGUAAAUAUGGAUUUUCCACAACUGUAGCAUUCACACAAUUUUACGGAUUAAGUGGACAAAAUUGUUUCCAAACUCUCACCUACUCAUCUACCAACAUGUUAGGUCCAUGCGGUGUGUUUUAUGAAGACAGUCAAAGAUGUAAGUGUGAUCCCUUCAAACUGAAGUCUUUCACAGUCACACGUAAAAUCUUCCAAAAUAUCAGGAAACUUAGUGAAAAAGAAAAAAAAGAGAGCUGCCGUAAGAAAAUUGAAUCUUAUGUGUCUGUGCUGAAAACACUGGCAAAAAACUCCUUUUGUUCACGUGAAACACAUUUACAACGUGGUGAAAACACAAUUUAUUCUUUCGUAUUUCCCCCAAUGAUCCAAGAUGCAUGUAGAGACAGUCUUUUAAGGGACUGGUCAGCACUGGUGAACGACAGUGCCAUGUCUGUGAUAUGCCGUAGUCAAAAUACUCCCAAGAAAUUUGAAAUUACUGUGGCAAAAAUUAGAGAAAAAAUGGCUAUCAAUUGCACUAAUCCCACACUUGAACUUAUUUACCAAAAUCGUAUCUCCUCUUGUGAGACCAACAGUCCUUUAGAUCUUUACCAUCUUCAAAAUAAACCAUAAUUAAACUGAAAUUAAUAAAAUUAACAUUAAUUUUGAUUAAUAAUAGAAAAACAAUUAUUAGUAAUUAAUUAAUAAUAUAAUAAUUAACCCUAAAACACUAUCACUAUAAAUAGUAACACCAUCACUAACGCCGGGUGAUUUUUACUCAAUAUAAUAUACCCAACAAGAAGUACUUGGCAUCAAAAUAUAUCAAAAUAUGACAACACAUGAUCAAUUAGAGUGGGCGUCUUUUAUUUCCAACUGUGCCAUGUCAAACAAAAUGGAAAAAGAAGUGCCAUGGGGGGACCCUAAAAAAUGCUCCAACAUUACUGAAAAAUUAUGAAUUUGAGAACAAAAAAUUCCUUAACAAAAAAAUAAUGAAUGGAAAAUUUGAAACUUCUCUGGUGAAGGCACAGUCUCCUCGACAAGCGCACAGGUGCAGGAUAGAGAAACAAAAAGUUGUACUUUGUUGUAUUGGUGGGUAAAAACUAAGUGAAAUUCACCCAAAACCUACUUUACCCUCUAUCACUAUUGCCAGGUGAAAAUCAUACAUGCCUGUAAAAAAAAAAAAAAAAAGAAAGAAAAAAAAGAAAAGAAAAGAAAAGAAAAAAGAGAGAAAAAAGCAGGCUGUGCCUUCAAAGACGUCAAAGACAAUGCUGAAGCUACCCAAGGACCCAUGACACUCAGACAAACGCAACAUAUUCAAAAUCAUUUAAAUAUAUUUGCUCAGGUGAAAAUCACCUGGCGUUGUUCUAGAGUUAAUUAAUAAUUAAUAAUAAACCCUUUUUAAAAACAUAUAUUAAAUUAUAUAUAACAAGAUAUAUAAUUUAAUAGAUAUUUAUAUACGUCCAGAGUAACAGCCGUAGACCGCAGUUUGCCGCCUGUCAGGUAGUCAGUAAUCCAGGGGAGCUGAACUCUGAGAGCAAACAGCCUGGUGACUGUAGCGUGCCGAGGGGCUCACGUGGAUCUGUGGCUGAAUCUGGAGCUGAGACUGGACGUGUUCAACGAGGACUCCUACGAGGCAGCAGAGCUGAUGCGCUGAUCAUUAAUGGCCGAGGCUGCUCACACCAAAGUGAGUGGCAGGAUUCUCCAGUCCAGUGAGCACAGCUCCAUCAGCUGGUGGAGUUCAGUCAACACACCUGCUCUCAACAACCAGCAGUGUGCUCAAACAUCGGUUUCUCCUCCAUCCUGCACGAUGUUUUACACUCCAGAAGCAGUAAAUCAGGAUUACAUCACCUCUCUGUAGAAGGAAACUUUCCAAGUGUCCUUAAUUUGGAUUCUUGUGUCCUUCUCAGUUCCUUCCUGGUGUGUGUGCUGGACUGGAUCCUCUGGCUCGGUGCCAUCCUUUACUUAAUAAAAAUCAUUGAAACUUG